AUGAAUUAGAGAAGCAUUUUUAAAAUUAAAUUUUUAUUAAUAUUUUUUAUCAUUCUAUACAUUAUAGAAGAAUGUUAUGGAAUUAUUAGCGAUAUAAAUAUAGAAGGAUACUAGAUUCCUUUUUGUAUCUAAUACCUUAAUGCUGCUACUCUAAGUGAUAGAGAUAAUCCAAAUAGUAUUACUUUGUGCUUAAAAUGUUAAAAAAUGAGAGUCCUAUCAAGUGAUUAUAAGACAUGCUUAAAUGUAAGAGAAGAGAUAGUAAAUUUGAAACUGCUAAAUUGCAAAAGAUUGGAUUAUUUAGGUUAAUGUGCAGAAGCAAUAGAUGGAAUUGAGAUUAUAGAUGGUAAGUAUUCAUUUACGGAUUAGAAUUAUUAAAAUGAUAGAUGCGCAAUUGCUUCUAAAAACUAUGAAAGCUGCUUAAUGCCAAGAUUUGGAUAUGCUCUUGAUAUUAAAGAAUAAAGGUUAUAUAAAGAUCAUUCAAAAUAUCCUACUUUCUGCUAGCUUUACGAUUCAUUUUUAGAAAAAUGCAUUAAAUAUUUUGACUAUUUCCUACCUAGUGAAGCCUCAAAUGGACUUUCUAUUUACUUAAAUAACUUUAUCAAUCCUCAUCUAGUUGACUCUAUUGUUUCUCAUUCAAAUAAAAUAGUGUGUGUAGAUAGUAACAAAUAUUUUUAUAGCUUAAAUGGAUGUUUUAGUAAGAGUUUGUAUAUAUCGACUGAAAUUACUAUUCACUAUUGCAAAGAAUUUUUAAAUAAUGGUAUUUGCAAAUAGUGUAAAGACAAAUACGCUUUAUAGAAAAAUGGCCUUUCUUGCCAAAAGAUUUUUAUACCUAAGUGUGUUAUGUAUGAUAUAAUAGAAGAAAAAUCAGUUUGCAUUUAAUGUUAGCCUUUUUAUAGAAUUAAAUAUUUUGAUUGUAUACUAAUGGAGAAUUGUUAAAUGCUUCAUCCUCUUAAUCCAAAUAUAUGUAUUGCAUGCUAGUCUCCUUACUAGUUAAAUAAAUUGAAAAAUAUAUGUGAACAGCCUUAACAAUAAAUAGUUACUGAGGCAUUUUGCGAAUUGUAUUCUUCGAAUGGUAAGUGUUUGCUAUGUAAAUAGAAUCAAUUUAACUAUUUAUUUUAAGGCUACUGUAUUCCUAGAUAAAAGUCUUAAUUUUGUAAAAAUCCAGAUCCUAAUAACGAUUCUUGCUUAACACUAGAAUGUAUUAAUGAUACAUAUUAUGCUUAAAUAAAUUCUGAAGAUUUUUCCUUCAAUUAUGAGCAACCUGAUAUAAAAGAAAUAGCUUUGAAUAAUUUAAUCAAAUAUAGACUAGUAGCUUAAAAGUCAUUCUCAAUAUUUUGUAAUAAAAGAAUUAAUUAUCCAAUAACUAAUUGCUAAAUUUAUCACCCUUUAUAUGAGUCUUGUUAAAAAUGUGAAAAUAACUUUUAUAUGAAGAGAACUAAUUUUGAUAAUAGCAAUCAAUCUAAUAUUCAAGUAAAUUCAAGCCAAAUAGAUGCAAAUGAUUUAGAUUAUUAAAGUACUAGUGAUUUCAGUGUGUUCAUUUGUUAGAAAGAGUUUAAUUUUCAUUAGGUGCAGAUAUAAAAUUGUAUGUAAUAUAGUUUAGAUGGAAUUUACUGCAUUUAAUGUUUGCCUGGAUAUUAUGAAGCGAAAAAAAAAUGUAUUUAAGGUAUUCCGAAUUGUAAAAUUCAUGGAGGCUUUUAAAAAUGUUUGGAAUGUGAAGAAGGUUUUAUCUUAAUUACAUAUAAAAAUGAUAACGAAGUAUUUUAAAAAAGAUGUGAAAAAAAUAAAAAUAUUAGACCAAUUCAAAAAAAUGAUGGAAGCUUUUAUUAGCAGGAUGAACCAUAAAAUGCUAUUAAAUCUAUAAUUAAUAAAAUGAGUUUUUGCAAAUUUAUAAAUUUAGGUUACAUCAUGUUUAAAAGUUAUAAAAUAUGUUUAAAUGAUAGCUAUCUCCCUGAUUGUUAAGAAGGCUAUUAUGGUUAGUAAAAUAAAAUUAUAUGUGAGACUUGCAGAAUGAGAUUUAUCCUCUACAAUAAUACUUGUUAUAAAGAUAAGCUAUACUAACCUAUCUAUUCUUAAAGAAAGCUUCAGAAAAUUACUAAAAAAUGUAUGUCUGUAAUUAAUUAAUAGUCCUCAGGAUGUGAUACUAAUAUAUAAGAUUAAAUAGUAAUUAGUCAGCCAUCGAUUUAUGGUGAAACUGAUGAAAGCAUAAAGUAUAAUAUCACUUUAUGCUAAAUAAAAAACUGUUAAGUGUGUGAAUAUGAUAGAUGUUUAAAAUGCAAUUAAUCAUAUAAACUAUUAGAUUAAAAAGUUUGCUAAAAAAUUUGUGAGGAUAAUAGUAAAGAUGAAGAAUGUACAAAAGAAAUAAAGUAAAGUGAUGAUGAAAAUAAAAUAUUUGAGAAAGAUUAAAAUAAUGAUAACCUAAGUGCUAAUAAAACAGAUAACAAAUAAAAAACUGAAUUACAAAAACAGUAAGGUUUUUAACCUUAUCGCAAAAUUUUGAAAAUCUUGUUAAUAAUUGCUGCUUGUAUAACAGCAGUGAUAAUAAUAUUUUACUUGUAUAGGUAUGCAAGAUAAAAAAAAAUGUAAAAUGAUCAAAACAGUUAAAGCUAUACUCUUUUUUAGUGA